GUCCAUACUGCUCUGGCGGCAGCACAUCACAUCAUAGGGCCUAGUAAUUUAACAUGGGGAAGUAAUUUUAGGGAUCGCCCUUAAGUUUAGUAUUUAUUAUGGAACUUGAUGAUCAAAUGAUAGAAGGGAUAGGUAAUGAUCUAUUGGCAGGGUUAAGUUUACUAGUCGUGGCACUUAUACCACUUCUAAUGGCGUUCAUAGUAAACAGAAGUAACCGUACAAUACAUCCUGACAACCAAGCAAGGGUGGACACAGCACGACAAAGAUUGCGAGUGAAUCAAACAGAAGAGGAGACGGAAGACGUACAAGAAAAUGGACAAGGUGAAGCAACAGAAAGAGCACCCAGGCAAGUCAACAGGGACGCACAGUGUCCAAUUUGUUUAGUUGAGCAGAUGAAUUUUGCCACUGAAACAAACUGUGGGCAUGUCUUCUGUGCCAACUGUUUAAUAACCUAUUGGAGGUAUGGAGCAUGGCUGGGAGCUAUCCAGUGUCCAGUGUGUAGGCAAAUAGUUACAAUUUUAUUCCCAUGUUUUAGAGACAAUGAAAACGGGGGUGAUGGACAUGCUGCUAUUAUGCAAGAAAUUAACGAUUACAAUCGAAGGUUUUCUGGAGAACCAAGACCUCUAAUGGAUUACCUACGUGAUUUACCGACACUUCUUCGUCACCUUGUCAUUGAAAUGUUUUCGCCUAGUGGCCUGGUCUGGAUGUUCCGUCUUCGCAUCUUCGUCUGUUUCAUAGCAGCGACACUUUACUUGUUGAUGCCUCUUGAUGUAAUACCAGAGGCGGUGUUUGGUGUCAUAGGGUUAUUCGACGACGUUCUUAUCAUUCUUGUAUUAGGAAUUUACGUAACGGUGAUAUACCGUGGAAUUAUUGCCGAUCGUGGUGGCUGAUAAGGCCAAAUAAAAGAAAGUUCAUUUCUCAUAUCAUGCUCAUAUCCUCUCAUAUUUUGGGGGGAGCUGGGGGUGGGGGCUGCCUCAUAUUUUUUGGCAUUUUGCUAGCCAAACAUUCAGAAAAAAGGUACAGGAUUGAAAUCAUUAUUAAUAUAAAUGAGGGUCCCCUUGUCUCUUGGGCUGGUGGAGGUCUACAUAUACAUUUGGUGGCAAUGAUUUGGAAGGGGAAAU